AUGAAGUUCCUCGUUUGUCUUCUGGUUCUGGCGCUGGCCUCCGUGGUCAGCGCUCACAACGUGCUCCUGCUGCCCUGGAAGCGACAGUGCUUCUACGAGGAUGUCAAGAAGGGUGACACUCUGGCCGUGUCUUUCCAGGUCGGAAACCGAGACCCCCAGGCCGGUGGACAGCUUGCUGUCGACUUUGUGAUCAACGACCCCCAUGGAAACCAGGUUGUCAAGCAGCACGAGGUUCCUGACGGAGACGUCCAGGUGCCCAUCCAGGUCCCCGGCAGAUACGAGUACUGCUUCUCCAAUGAGUUCUCCGGCAUUGGUACCAAGGAUGUGACCUUCAACGUGCAUGGUGUCAUUGUCAUUGAUCUCAACCAGCUGACCGACGACGCUCUGGAUCAGGAGAUUGCCAAGCUCAACCAGGUUGUGCAGGAGGUGCGAAACGAACAGAGCUACAUUGUUGUUCGAGAGCGAACCCACCGAAACACUGCUGAGUCCACAAACGCCCGAGUCAAGUGGUGGAACAUUCUGCAGCUGGGUGUUGUUGCCGUCAACUCUCUGUUCCAGAUCUACUACCUUAAGCGAUUCUUUGAGGUCAAGACUUUGGUUUAA